AUGGGUCAACGUAGCUCUCGUUGCAAAGAUGCAGAAAAAGACUUUGGAAAUGUGCAUUUCCAUGGUUCACCGCCGAAAUCUUUUACCAGUUUGGUGGAAGCCCACCCACAUCCAGUUCGUGUUGGAGAAGAGAAUGUGAAUGGGGGAAAGAAGAAAACGAGGAAGGAGGACACCUCUAAAAAGAAAAAGAGGUUCAGGUUGUGGAGGUGGACCUUUUGUUGGAGAGCUGGUCAAAAAUACAGCAGGAAGACCAGCUCAACUCAGUGUGAGGAAAAGGCUCAAGACACUGAUGCAGAAGUACCACCUGGAAGAAUUCCUGAUGUUCAGAGUUUUCAACAGCAAGUCAUCUGUAGUGUAGAGAAUCAAAAUCAUCAGGAACCUUCAACCAGUGAUCCUGAAAUCCUUCAAGCAGCGGAAGAACACCUUGCUGUUCACCCUGAUGCUGAUGUCCUCCAAUCUCUAGUAUGCUGCUACAAUGUCUCUCAGACUUCAGUAGACACUGCAUCAAACUGGAGUGCUGACAUCACCCAGGCUCCAGUCCUUCACACCGUGUCCAACUGGAGCAUCGAUGCCGGCCUGAUCUUCACUGCAUCGAACUGUUGUGAUGAUGUCGCCCAGACUCUAGUUCACACCACAUCUGACUGGAGCUUUGAUGCCUACCUGACUCCAGCAUGCACCACGUCAGACUGUAGCAUUGACGUCACCAAGACUCCAGCACACACUGCAUCAAACUGGAGCACAGGCGUCUUCCAGACUCCAGCACGAACAGCGUCAGGCUGGAGCACUAACAUCACCCAGACUCCAGUACGCACCGUGUCAGACUGGAGUACUGACGUCACCCAGACUGUAGCACGCACAGCGUCAGACUGGAGCAUCGAUGCCGGCCUGACUCCAGCAUGCACCACAUCAGACUGUAGCAUUGACGUCACCAAGACUCCAACACACACUGCAUCAAACUGGAGCACAGGCGUCUUCCAGACUCCAGCACGAACAGCGUCAGGCUGGAGCACUAACAUCACCCAGACUCCAGUACGCACCGUGUCAGACUGGAGUACUGACGUCACCCAGACUGUAGCACGCACAGCGUCAGACUGGAGCAUCGAUGCCGGCCUGACUCCAGCACGAACAGCGUCAGACUACAUCAUCCAGACUCCAGCACGCACCACGUCAGACUGGAGUGCUGACAUCCCCCAGACUCCAGUCCGUCGCACCCCUUCUGACUGGAGCAUCGAUGCCACCCUGGCUCAAAUACACGCCACUUUUGAUUGGAACGCCAAUGUCUCCCAGACUCCAGUAUGCACCACUUCUGAUUGGAACGCCAAUGUCACCCAGACUCCAGUACGCACCGCGUCAGACUGGAGCAUCGGUGUUGGCCAAACACUAGUUAGUCCCACGGAGGGUCUUGUUUCACCUCUGACAAGACAACUGGAGAAUAAUGAAAAGAAAACUGUAGUCAUCAAUUCCCGCUACUAUGUGAUCGGCGACAAGCUGGGUGAAGGGACCUUUGGAGCUGUCUAUGAGGGAAGUCGACUGCUGGAUGGCUUUAAGGUGGCAGUGAAAAUUGUCACAAAGACUGAGGAUUUCGAAUACAUCAGUAUUCCAUGUCAUUCCAAGCCCCUCCCACUAGAGGUUGCACUGCUCAUCCUCGCCAACAGAGGCCCCAGUGUUCCAGAAAUAAUCCAGCUACUGGACUGGCAGGACCAGAAUGACUAUUAUAUUGUGGUGCUGGAACGCCCCUCACCCUGCGAGGACCUGUUUGGUUUCACGGAACGCCACGGAGGCAGCAUUGAUGAAGGUUUAGCUUGUGUCGUCAUGCGGCAGGCAACACAAGCUGCCUACAUGUGUUGCCUCCGUGGCGUUUUACACCGCGAUAUCAAACUUGAAAAUCUGUUGAUCAAUAAGAAGACCCAUGAAGUCAAGCUAAUUGACUUUGGGUGUGGCGACCUCCUUAAGAAAUCAGCCUACAAUAUAUUCAAUGGCACUGAUCAAUACUGCCCCCCGGAGUAUGAAGAGAAGGGCGAGUACAAUGGGAAGCCAGCGACUGUCUGGUCCCUUGGUGUUCUACUGUUUGCAUUGGUGUGCGGGGACUAUCCCAACACUGAUGACCUGCGCAUGAUUAAUUCGAACAACUAUUCCAAAGCUGGCUUGUCAGAAGAAUGCUGCCAUUUGAUUAGUUAUUGUCUCCAGCGAGAGCCAGAGCAGCGACUUCGAUUAACCGAGAUUCUUCUCCACGACUGGUUCAAGGUCACAGAUUUGGAGAAACCUGAAAACAGUAUAAAGAAAAGGACAGGAACCCCUGGAGUGGCUCUUCAGUCGUGAGCUCCUGCCUCGCCCCCCCCCCUGCCCCAGCCCAGAGCUCCCUAUCAUGGCCACCCCAGAGGAUCUUG